CCACCUGCUCUCCUGGUCGGCCCGGUGGAAAGUGGACGUGUAAGGAGGGACUCAUGACCAGCCUCGCCGGUCUUUAGCCUGUCAUUGUGUGCUCCUGUGCACUGAGCUGUGAGGCCUGGCUAAGCACACUGCAGCCUGCAGUCAGCAGAUGGCCCGUGCAGUGCAGUGCAGGUCUAUGCUUGCCUCGUGGAGGGACAAAGCUGACUGGAGAGUGUGUCAUACCACUCCCAUGAAUAUCAGUCAUCGAGGCAGGUUACUCUGGGGUUGUUGUUUGUGUGUGGCUUUAAAAAAAACUCCACAACAAAUAACAUUUAAAUGUACUGAUAAUACUGGGUAAUGUAUUUUUCUGCUGUGCUUGAAAUGAUUUGAAUCAGAGAGAUGAAGAUAUUUGAAAACAAACACAUAGUGCCACAGACUGACAGAUACUGUAUGUAACCAUGUUGCGACAAUUGAGGUGGAACCUGAUCCUGGUUACAAAACUGAAAAUGCUUUAAAAUGCAGUGUACAAUUUUUGUGGCAAUUGCCUUUGAUAACUAUGCCCUAAAAUGUCCAACCAAGUGUGUAUAAAAUUGUAGCACGUGAGCUUGUGUCAUGAACUUGAAAAUCUACAUGUCAUUUAUAAAGACCAAACUGGUUUAGACAUCUCACUAUUCUCCUUCAAGAGACACCACAUCAUCACUGCAUCUGCUUUUUAAACAGUCGCAGGACUCUGGGUCGUGAUGGCGUCUGUGUCAGUCAGUUCUGGUCUGAACAAGACCCUGCGGCAGCACUACCUGUCUCUCCCUCAGAGGGGCUUGUGUCAGGUCACCUACGUCUGGGUCGACGGCUCUGGGGAGGGGCUGCGCAACAAGACUCGAACCCUGGACAGAGAACCUCAAGGACUGGAUGAUAUUCCGGAAUGGAACUUUGACGGUUCCAGCACCUUACAGGCCAAGGGUUCUAACAGUGACAUGUACCUGAACCCAGUGUGCAUAUUCAGGGAUCCUUUCACACUUGACCCCAACAAACUGGUUCUGUGUGAGGUGCUCGAACACACCCGCCUCCCUGCUGAGACUAACCUGCGCUCAGACUGUAACAAGGUGAUGGAGAAGGUGAAGGAGCACAUUCCCUGGUUUGGAAUGGAGCAAGAGUACACUUUCCUGGGGACAGAUGGACGCCCCUAUGGCUGGCCCUCAAAUGGAUUCCCUGCUCCCCAAGGCCCAUACUACUGCAGCGUCGGUGCAGACUGUGCCUACGGCAGGGACAUUGUGGAGUGCCACUACAAGGCAUGUCUCUACGCUGGGGUCAAAAUCUGUGGAACCAACGCAGAGGUUAUGCCUUCACAGUGGGAGUUCCAGGUGGGUCCUUGUGAGGGGAUUGAGAUGGGAGACCACCUGUGGAUGGCCCGUUUCCUGCUCCACCGCGUGAGCGAAGACUUUGGGGUUGUGGCUUCCUUGGACCCUAAACUGAUGACGGGGAACUGGAAUGGGGCGGGUUGCCAUACCAACGUCAGCACCAAAGACAUGAGGGCAGAGGGAGGACUGCAGUACAUCGAGCAGGCCAUAGAGAAGCUUAGCACUCGACACGCGGAGCACAUCAAGGUGUACGACCCUCACAACGGCCAGGACAACAUGAGGCGUCUCACCGGCCUCCACGAGACCUCCAGCAUCCUCGACUUCUCUGCCGGCUUGGCCAAUCGUGGGGCUAGCAUCCGAAUCCCUCGUCAGGUGGGUCAAGAGAGGAGGGGCUACUUUGAAGACCGCCGCCCCUCCGCCAACUGUGACCCGUAUGUUGUGACGGCCGCCAUAGCACGCACCUGCCUGCUGGAUGAAGAGGAAGAUGAAAUAUAAGACCUCAUAAAGGUCAUGUUCUGUAAAUGGAUUCUGAAUCUAUGUACUUCACCUGCUAUCAGAUUUGUUAUUAACUGUGAUAUUUAUUUUCUGAUCCCAGGAGCUGGAAAUUCCUUGAUAAGAUAUAUGGUACGAUUCCAGUCUAAUAGGUAUUUCUGAUAUCAGUAUGAUUACUGUCCUGUAAUAGUCAUUGUUUUAAUUCCAAAAUAAUAAAAAGGUGUUUCAGAUGA